CUCAGCUGUUGGGUCAAUGUUGAAGCUUUUAUUGUCGCUGCGGUGGUUGUCACUGUUUCUCAUACAGUUUAAUCCUGAAAUAAAAACGCACGCAGGAGUUACGUACGAUUGUAUGCUGUGUAGACUGAAAGCUCCGACGGAUUUUGCUUGAAUUCAAAUCAUUUAGACCAGGUUGUUUCAGCUGCUGUGAUGCAUUCGCUGGCUCAGGAGAUCCACGGAUUCUCCAGAAACCGUCUGAAGAAGCAGUGCACGCAUGUUACCACGGUGACAGGCAGGAAGCUGCUGGAGAGGAGGAGUGACGGAGGAGAGGGAGCGGUGGAGCAGGUGGAAGAGCUGGAGGAGGGAAGUGGAUGUGGAUUUGUAGAAGAUAAAAGUCUGGACCUUCAAGUUGGUGUCGUUAGACCCUUUCUGCUGCUGGCUUCUCAGGAUGCAGCCCACGACAUUGACACCCUGCAGAGACAUAAGGUGUCUCAUGUGUUAAAUGUGGCCUAUGGAGUCAAUAACCUGUUCCCAGAUCAGCUGGCGUAUAAGACGCUCCAGAUCCUGGACCUCCCGGACACCGACAUCACUUCAUAUCUUGGGGAAUGCAGCUCCUUCAUUGAUCAGGCUCGAGAACAGGGUGGUGUGGUGCUGGUCCACUGUAACGCUGGCGUGUCACGCUCUUCCUCCAUUGCCAUUGGCUACCUGAUGCUGAGGGAGGCGCUAUCGUUUGAUGACGCAUACAGCCAGGUGAAGUCGGUGAGGCCCUCAAUUCGCCCCAACCCCGGCUUCUACCAGCAACUACAGAACUACAAACCAUAAAGGACUACAAAUCCAAUUUUCAGAUUAAAAGCACAGUCGUAAAGGACUGUAACACCCAGCUCUUAGUGUCCUGCCAAACACUGGAGAGCCUUAGGCCUUAAAUUCUUUUUGAUGGUUUGAGAUUGUGAUAUUGAUGUUGUUGAAAUCGAGAAGAGCAUUGAAGGAUUUCUUUCUUAUUUUUUAUGUGAAAUCAUUUUUCUGUAUCAUUGCAAUUUGCUUUAUUUAUUGCCAAUAAAGACUUUACAUUGUCUUAUGCCAAAUUCC